CUUGUUUCUUUUCCCAUGUUGUGCAAUUGGAGCUUAGGCGCCAAUAGACGCGCUUGUUUCAAGCCGAAAUGAACCAUCCGUUGCCAUGGAUCAACGUCGGAUCAAGAUGGCUGGCGAACAGAACGGAGACACAUAAGAUGUCGAGCUGCCUCGACGGGGCUCGCUGCUUGGAGCUUCUGUUCAGCAACACAAGCACAACACACACGUCUUUUCCUUGGGUUUUGUUUCCCUUUUUUCCUUUUUCUUAGGGUCUCUAUUUUCCUAUCUUUCCUUUGUGAUUAUCUACAGGUUUUCAACUUGGGUAUUUCUUUGGUCUUCGGUUUUCCUUGACUGCUCGAUCACCGCCAGUCACCACCAGCACAUCCACAUCUAUUCGACAUUUCUUGGCAGUUGAUCUGUCCCGAUAUCUUCCCCAAAACUUCACGCAUCCAGCCGUGAAGUAACGAAACCCUGUCCCACGGUCUUAUUACCAGUUGCCCAACAUUCCCGUGACUACUUCCUUCCCGCCUCCCCCGACGGCGCCGUUUCCAAAAUCCAAGUUUCCUCUCAGAACCGCCACCAAGGAGAGACCUUCGCUUGAGCUGGUUACCGAGUUCAACAACGCCGGGCCUAACAAGAUGCUGUUCCAAGCACCGCAGCUCGGCGCCUUGGGCGUCACAUUUACUGUCAUGAGGGCAUCACAGUUUGCGUGCCUCAUUUCUGUCAUUGGUCUUUGUGCCAACUUCAUCAACGAGAUUGCCACAGCCGAGCACAGUCCCCCAUCAGAGCUUGUCGGUGCUCUGAUAGUGGCUGUCACAGCCAUAAUCUAUGUGAUCAUCACAUACAUCUUGUACUACGACAACAUGCUCUCGAUGCUGACCACUGCUGGUCUCGACAGCCUCCUCCUCGUUGCCUCCAUCGUCGUAGCUUCCUUGAUUGGAAAGCCACUUUCCAUGCUCAACUGCGCUGCUCUCCCAUCCUCAGAAUGGUCUUCCGGCCUGUUUUCGUCCGCACCUUCCCCAAUCAAGUCGAUCAUCACCAAGACCGUUUCCUACAUCAGCUUCGUUUUGCUUGACCAGACGACCUGCUACCAAAUCAAGGCUGUGUGGGGAUUGUGCAUCACCAUCUGCCUGCUCUUCGCCUUUUCCACACUGGCCUGCCUCGGCCUCUGGCAACGCAUCCGUCGCGAGACCAAGAACAAGGAUAUUGAGGGUUAGGGGUGCGCGGGCACCUACGGAGGAGUGCGUGGUGUUGGGAAAGCAUGGGAGUCGGACGUGUCUCUUGGCACAAAGUCAAUGGCUUCCACCAAUUCCUACUACCCAAGCUUCCCCCCUCCUCCGCUGGUGCCCAUCCGCGACCGCGGAAACAGCCGUGCUCCCCCUGCGGCUUUUCUUUCUGUUGGAAAUAAUAACGCCCUCGGUUUGUCAAUCACUCAGCCGAGAUACAGCUGUGAAUCGGACGCAUCUUCCAUCAACAGCGUUUUCAGUGGCGGCAGUCCCCCGACCAAAGGGCUGCGCCCACCGCCCAGGCUACACAUGCGAGCGCCAGCCAAGACAAUGCCGACGAUCCCAGGGUCUCCCACUGAUGAGAAGGAGGGACAAUAUCAGGGCCUCUCCCCCCUGGCGUCUCGGGUCCCAGUGCUUACCUUGACAAUCCCGAACACACAAGCAACAGUCACGUCUCCCAGUAACGACAAAAUUCCUGAAGAACACAAACGGGUCCCAACUCGCCUUCCCUGUUCUCCUUUGUCGCCUAUUAGAGGCUUUAUGGCUGCUCGGCGCAACCGCAGGUCCGGCGGUGUGCCCGUCCCACCUCCCAUCGUGGUCCCUUAGCCGCCAGGCAGGAGCUCUCGCUUCAAGGAGCAAACGAGUCCCAGUCCGGCGCUGGAGACGGUAAUUUUCAGCCCACCCCCUAUUCCUAGUGCUCCCAAGAAGAGAAAGACGGUCUGGGAGGGAUGGUGGGAUAUCGGACUGUUGGAGAGGAUGAACACCAUCAAGAGAAAGGCGCUCCCUAAAUAGAUGAACGAUGAGGGACGUAAUGGAUGAUGUAGAAUGAGCCUUGGUUAGGCCGGUAAUGAUUCGGGAUUGGAACAUAAUGUUUGGGUAUGGGAAAACUGGGACAGGAUCAUCUAUCUCCCUUUGGAAGGUUGAGAUAUAAGAUAUAUGAAAUAUGCAGAAAAUAAUACAGAUGAUUAUUCAACACGACAUUCACGGGGACUUUGUUCGGGG